GUGCUGGGCGUGGGAGGGCGAACGCCUGCGCACCGUCUCUUUUCCUGGGCAGCUCUGCGGUCAUGGAUGGGUUCCAGAAGGUGGAGAAGAUCGGAGAGGGUACCUAUGGAGUGGUGUACAAGGCCAAGAACAAGGAGACGGGGCAGCUCGUGGCCCUCAAGAAGAUCAGGCUGGACUUGGAGACCGAGGGUGUCCCAAGCACUGCCAUCAGAGAGAUCUCUCUGCUCAAGGAACUCAAGCACCCCAACAUCGUCAGGCUGCUGGACGUGGUGCACAGUGAGAAGAAGCUUUAUCUGGUUUUCGAGUUCCUCAGCCAGGACCUGAAGAAGUACAUGGACUCCACCCCGGGCUCUGAGCUCCCCUUGCACUUGGUCAAGAACUACCUCUUCCAGCUGCUUCAGGGGGUGAAUUUCUGCCACUCCCACCGCGUCAUCCACCGAGACCUGAAGCCCCAGAAUCUCCUCAUCAAUGAGUUGGGAGCCAUCAAGCUGGCCGACUUUGGGCUGGCUCGAGCCUUUGGGGUGCCUUUGCGCACUUACACCCACGAGGUGGUGACCCUGUGGUAUCGUGCCCCCGAGAUCCUCCUGGGCAGCAAGUUCUAUUCGACAGCUGUGGACGUCUGGAGCAUCGGCUGCAUCUUCGCAGAGAUGGUAACUCGCAGAGCUCUGUUUCCGGGUGACUCUGAGAUUGACCAGCUCUUUCGUAUUUUUCGGACCCUGGGGACACCCAGUGAAGCCACAUGGCCAGGAGUCACUCAGCUGCCUGAUUAUAAGGGCAGCUUCCCCAAGUGGACUGGGAAGAGGCUGGAGGAGAUCGUGCCCAGCCUGGAGCCGGAGGGCAAGGACCUGCUCAUGCAACUCCUGCAGUACGAUCCCAGCCGGAGGAUCUCGGCCAAGGCGGCCCUCGCCCACCCCUACUUCUCCUCCACCGAGCCCUCCCCGGCCUCCCGCCAGUGUUUGCUGGAACACUUUUGCCGUUGA